AUGAAAGUGGUGGCAGCAGCAGAAGCAGCAACGACGGACUCAUUGGUUGCAGAGGCCGUCGAUAGCAGCACGAAUAAGAAUCCAGAGCAGUGGUACAGCAGCAAGGCAACCCUUUCGUCCAGGAAUCGAUCAGUGCUGAAGCCGAGCACUACUGCUACUGAUGCUGCUUGGGCACCACGUCCGUCCAUCCGUCGAAAAUAG